UUUAUUUUAAAUUUUGUGCAGGUUUAACAAAAAUGAAUAAAAAAAUGUCACUUGUCUCUUUGUUUUUUAUGACUUUCUUAACAUAUUUAACAGCGGAGUUUAUUUAUCCAGAAAGAAAGUUAUCAUCUCGAUAUUCAUUCACAAUUUUUCAAGAUAGACAAGUAACGUAUAGAACAAACUUUGUGGAAACACACAGGGAUUACAAAGAUUGUAUUGCAGUUUGCUAUAACAAUUUUGAUAGAUGUAAAUCCAUAGAUAUCCAAAUUGUGAGUAAUUCAACUUUUGUGUGUCAAUUUUUUAACAACGAUUCUCCACCUACUCAGUUAGCAGUAGGAAAUCUCUUUGUUUCUACAAAACCACCAAAAUGUUCUCUCAGCUGCAGUUUAACAUUGAACCCUUGUGGAAAAUGUAAAUGCUAUCCAUCAUGCGCUGCGAAAAAUCAACGACAGCAUAUAUGUAAUUGCACAACAGCAGCAGGAAUCGCAAAAAGUUGCCAAGAGCAUUUUGAUAAUGGGUUUACUCAAACUGGAAUAUUCAAAAUUAUUCCAAAUGGCUUUCCAAUUGAGACUAUGUGUGAAAUGGAUAAAGUUGAGCGUAAAAAUCCUAAAUUUAAUACUCAACAAUGCAUGCAGCAGCCCUCAACAACAAUGCAAUUUUCAUUUGCUUUAGCAGUAUCAUACUGUGUAAUUACUUGCUCAAAUUUGGGAUUGAAUACAGUAUUUUUUGGCAAUCCUUGUUUCUGUGGAAGUUAUAUUGUUGAGCAGUAUGGGUGUGGCUGGAUGCAAACAUGUACAAACUCUGAUUACUGUAUAAUAGCAUCAGCAACCGAUUGCAUAUUAAAAAAGUUGAGUUAUAACAGGCAAAUCGUUUAUAAUAAUGGAGUUUCAGUUAAUUUUGACAUAAAUUCAUGUGUAAAUUUUUGUUCAAGUUAUCAGAAUACAAACUCAACAUAUAAUGGAUAUAUUGCAAGUGGAAUAGCUGUAACUAAUAAUGACUGCCUGUGUCUUUAUGGAUUUACUGGUAAAACAACAUCUGCUUAUUAUGGAUGUUUGUAUUUUGAGAUGUCUCCAACAAAUGUGGUUACAAGCGUUAAAGAAAUCAAUGAGCAAGUGAUUCAAAAAUCUAAGUUAAUUACAACUUUGUCUUUUUUGGAUAAGACGUUUUCAAUUUCUUUUAUGUUAAAACCAAUUUCUUCAAUGUCAAAUAAAGAUGUAUGGUAUAAUAUUAUUCAUUUGACAAUUUAUGAUGAAGGCAGUAUAUAUGGAGCAAGAAUUCCUGCUAUAUGGAUUUAUCGAAGUUCAUUGAUAUACAUUUGUUUUGCAUUAAGUGGAGAACAUAAUUAUGUUGUAGGUCCCCAACCACUAUCACUAGAUGUAUGGUCAAGUCUACUUAUAUCACAAACUGAAUUAAAUGGAGAAUAUAUAUUCACAGUUUAUUUAAAUGACCAAAUUCUCCAUAAUAAAAUAAAUACUCAGCCACAAAUUUUUAAAAAUGUUCAGGUUUAUGCAUCAAAUCCAUGGUAUGAAGCACUUAAUGGCUAUAUUAAAGAUUUCAAAAUUGUUAAUGGAUAUGUUGAUUUUGUAGAUGAGGUCAGUGAAUUCAUGAUAAAAAGAAAUAAUUUGAUUGCAUUAUUAUCAUACUUGGACAAGGCAUACUCAAUUUCAUUUAAAAUUAAACCCAAGUCCUAUUCAUUUGGAUUGAAAAAUAUUAUUCAUUUAACCAUUAAUAAAGAUUUAGGUAAAUAUGGUGAUAGAACCCCAGCUAUAUUUUUUCUUUCGGAUAACUCACAUAGAUUAAGCAUUACUUCAGCCGUUAGCGGAAAUAUCAUUUAUGAUUUUUUAACCCAGCCACUACCACUGAAUGAAUGGACAAGUAUACAAAUAUUACAAAUCCAAUUAAAUGGAAAGUAUGUAUAUUCAGUGUAUUUAAAUGAAACGAUGGUUCAUAGCAUUGAGAAUACAAAUCCACAAUCUUUUGAAAAUGUCAAAGUCUAUGCUGCAAAUCCUUGGUAUGAUGCACUAGAUGGCUCCAUUAAAAAUCUCAAAAUUAUAAGCGGAAGUAACGGAGUUUGGGUUCCAAUGAUGACACGAUUUGCCAGUUGGGAAUCGACUUUUUGGGAUAAAAGCUAUGAGGCUUAUGAAAAUGGUUUUGGUUUGGUAAAUCAACAAUGGAUUGGCUUAAAAAACCUUAAUCAAAUAACAAGCACUUUUUUUACAGAUAUGAGAAUUGAUUACACUUUCAAGGAAGGUAUAACAUUUAGUACAAGGUAUUAUAAUGUUACAAUUGGCUCAAGUGAAGAGAAAUAUAUCUUUCAAUAUGAAAAGUAUAAUCCAAGAGGCUCUGGUGAACCAGAUCGCUUAAACGCAAAUGGUAUGGUAUUUAACAAUUGUAGCAACUGGUGGACAGCUGAUGGACAAAACAAUGGUAAUUGCGAUAAAAAUAUGUUUCCAACAUCAACCAAUUACAUCUCUUUUGGAUCAGCUAAAGAAUUGCUUUCUAUACAAUUUUUCUUACGUACAAAUUUAGAAAAGGAUUUCUCUUCUAACGCACCAUAAGCUGGAACGAAAAUUUUACAGAUUAGAUUUCUAUUAUGCUAACCUUCUUUUGAAUAAAUAAACAUUAAAAGUUAAACAUUUAUAGAGUAUGAUAUAUUUAAGAUAUGAUUUUAAUCGAAGAUCACCUAAUGUCGAAUAAUGACGUGUUGAUGUGUUAAUGUAACAGCGUUUUGUUUUCAAUUUUUAUUCAUAUUGAUAUUUUUUUACUUUUUAAAAAAAUAUAUUUGCGAAGUGAUUAGAUUUUGGAGUAAUUGGAUUUUUUUGAGUUUUUGUUUGUGAAUUUUAUAAAUUUAUAAAGAAACUCGAAUAAUGAAAAAUAUUGAAGAUAUCCAGAUCAUGUUAUUUUUACCCAUGUAACAAACAAUAUUAGCGCAAUAUUAUUUAUAUAGUUUGCAUACUGUAAAAAAUAUAUUGCACCAAUAUUAUUUGCUAAUGGUUUUUGUAAAAUAUUGUUUGCAACUAGCUUUUGUAAAAUACGCACGGUUUUUAAAUGUUAUUGAAAGCAUUUUUAUAAGUUUGAA